ACCUGGGCUGUGGACGCAGGGAGGGAUAGAGAGGGCAGCGAGAGAGCGAGCGGCGAUCCAAUGAGCAACAUGUUGCAUUUUCUAUGUCUUCUUUUCCACGAUGCACUUUAGGAUUUCAAUAAGAUGCGUGUGUGUUUCCAGAUAACCAGUUUCCUUCUCGCCGUAAACUUUUACAGCCGGCCAGUGCGAGCUCAGGAUCCCUCCUGUUGCCACCAUGCUGCCGAAUUCUCACCUUGCAGAGAAGCUUGUGGCCAGUCCUCCCAACAGCAUUUAGCUCAGCUGGGCGUAGGUCAAAUGCUGAUUGGCUUACAAAUGGCCCAGACCAGAGCUGAUUCUCUGGUGUUUGAUUUGCUUGCAGGAGUAUCGAGGAAAUCAGAAGGCUGGGUGGGGCUGGGCUGCUGUGAGCUGGCCAUCACGACAGAGUGUCGCAAGGAAUGCAAACAGGCAUCUUCAAAAAAUGAUAUAACAAAAGUAUGCAAGAAAACCACCGAGAACUCGCUCUACAGCUGCAUCACCAAAAAUGAAAUGGGCUCUACGUGCUGCAGCUAUGCAGGUCGUCACACCACCUGCAGAGAGUACUGCCAGGCCAUCUUCAGGACCGACUCGACCCCCACCGUGUCCCAGAUCAGCGCUGUCAAAGACUACUGUCAGACUCACAGUGCUCAGCUGAUUCACUGUGUCAACAACUUCACAAAGUCCUACCCCAUACACAGCCCUGUGGACAGUAAGUCCCUCUGCUCACACACAACACAAGGAAGUACAGCUCAGCCCACGGAGCUGUUUCGCAGCUGUAACAUCCAGUCAGACCAGGGUGCCAUGAAUGACAUCAAGCUGUGGUCUAAUGGCACAAUUAAGAUGCCCUUCAUGAACAUCCCUGUGCUGGACAUCAGGAAGUGUCAGCCCCACAUGUGGAAGGCUGUGGCCUGCGCCCUGCAGAUCAAACCCUGCCACAGCAGGUCCAGAGGCAGCGUCAUAUGCAAAUCAGAUUGUGUGGAUAUCCUGACCCAGUGUGGAGAUACAAAACGUUUCCACGAAGGACAAACACCAGAGAGGAUCUGUGAGCUCCUGUCGCCCAUUGAUGACCCUGAACACUGCAUCCCUCUCUACAGAUACCUUACACCCAGCUCCCUGGGCAGCAACACUGUUGAGGAGGUUAUCCAUCCAUGCAAUCCUAACCCCUGUCCGAGCAACCACAUAUGCCAGGUGAACAGGAAGGGCUGCCUGGAUGAGCUAAACUGUCAGCCGUACCUCUGUGUGCCAGGCUGCAAAAUGGGUGAAGCCUCUGAGUUCUUGGUGCAACAGGAUGCUCGUAUCCAAGUGCCUACGCGCACUGAUCCCACGGUUUGCUUUGAGGUGUGCAGCUGUGGUCCCAGUGGGCGACUGGAGAACUGUGUGGAGAUGCCCUGCAUGGACACCAGCAAGCCCUGCAUCGUAGCAGGACAGAGGAAGAGCCAUGGGACGUCUUUCAAGACCGACUGCCACAACUGUUACUGCUUCGCUGGUGAGACCGUCUGCUCCACUAAAGAGUGCCUCAGCUCUGGAUACACAGAUGACAGUCAUCGACACUUUACUGGUCUUCCCUGUAGCUGCCAGGACCGCUUUGUUCCAGUAUGUGCCUCUAAUGGGCGGACAUAUCCCAGUGCCUGCGUUGCUCGAUGUAUGGGAUUCAAGGACAGUCAGUUUGUCUUUGGCCCGUGCCACCUCAGUAAACCAUGUGCCAGCAAACCCUGCCAGAGAAACCAGAGGUGCAUCCCAAAGUAUCGCGUGUGUCUGAGUGACGUGUCGGACUGUCCGCAGUAUGAGUGCAUCGGGCACGCGGCAACCUGCGACAAGAACAGCGAGGACCCAGCCUGCGACACUGAGGGCAGCGACCACCGCAGUCUGUGCCAUUUGCACCAGGCUGGGAAAAUCUUGGCCUACAUGGGCCGCUGCCAGGAAGGCUGCAGAAAGCCAAAACAAGUCUGUGGCCAUAACGGCGAGACCUACAACACGGUGUGUGGCGCCUACUCUGACCGUGUCGCUGUGGACUACGAGGCCCCCUGCAGAGCUGUGGGGGCCGUCUCUGACGUGGCCCCGGACUCAGCCUGCAGUUUGGUUUCAUGUCCGAGUCUGUCCACUCCAGGCUGCCACCCUGUCACUCCACCAGGAGCCUGUUGUCCCAUAUGUGCCAGCGUCCUGCAGAUCCUCUGGAGCAAAGAGCGCAUGAACACGUUCUCAAAGCUGAACAAGAAGCAGCCGGUGACGGUCCACGAUGUCCUUCAGAUCCUGCGGCCUCACAUCUCAGUGCCGCAGUGUGAUGUCUUCGGCUACCUGAGUAUUGACCACCUGCUGGUGGUCAUCAUCGCCCCAAUGGACCAGCAGCCAACACCUCUGCAGCGGACGCAAGGGAGGUUGAUGGGCAUCGUGCCUGACAAAAGCAAACCAAGAAGAGUCCAACGACCUCGGAACAAAAACGUCGGCCAGGCAGUGGUGCACUGUGCCAGGAACAGAAAAGGAGCCUCCUGGGGAACGGAGAGACGGCACGGAGGUAUCGAAACACAGAGGGGGGCUCUCAGGCAAAAAUUCUCCAGGAACUCGGAGGGGCUGCCCAAGAACGAGUUCGGCCGGAGAAACCCAGAGGUCCUCCUUAACCGCGCAGUGCAACCCCAAACAAAACCCAGGAAAGACAGUUGA